AUGGCUGGAUCAAUCGCUGACAACUCUGUCUUGUAUAAAAAGAAAACCUUUACUUAUGUGCCACCGACACCACCAGCUGAACUCAUCGAAUCUAAUAGCUACACACUAGACUUUGUAUCCCGUAAGUUUGUACAUAUUGGUUUUGAUCCGAGUGAAAAAUUACAAGUCGUUGUUCAUUUAUUAACUUCAUCGCUGUACGUGCAUAUUACUACAGUUUUUAUGAAAAAAAUAUUCGGGUUUAUGGGUCAUAUCUUAUCGUUCAUAUCAGACACACCACAAAAAUAUAAGAGAGUUAUAUUUUAUGAAGAAGAAAAAAUGAAACUAUCGAGUAUGAUAUACAGCGGAGAAAAUGUGUUGGUGAUUGAAACAAAAAAUCGUGAUGGAUGUAGAGUACUGCUGAAUCGGGGCGACCUUCUUCGACUUCAGUAUCUCGAAUGUUCUAUUUUCGAGAGCAUCGUGCGAAAAGAAGUAUUCACCGCUCUGUUGAUUAUAAAACAAUAUGAAGAAAUUGUCGUGUACCUCGACAAGAAAUGUAGGCAGCAUAAAUCACCACCGAAAACUGUUGACGAGAUGGUAGUUUUCAUUAAGAACAUACAAGACGAUCGAGUCGUUAAAUCUAUACCAAAUUUCUCCAAUCAAAUACAGAUGUGUGCAGCUGAACAGUUAGCUGAAUUCUUGUUACACCAGAGGGCAAACAACUCGCAUGAGUAUUCCAAUGAAACGACGGUCAUUUCGCCAAUGUCGUCACCAACACCAAUGUCAACACCACCACCGAUCCACCAACCACCGAGUUUCACAAUGCAAUCGCCGAGCAGAGCAGUCGAUGAAAACGAUGGGCCGUUACAUUUCAACACUCGAUCAUUAGGAAGUUUUUGCAUAACGCCGGUUAAACAUUACGUUUUUGCAUAA